AUGACUAUUCAUAAGCCCGACAACUCUGGCAAAGCUUCUCGUCAAGGCGAUUUGAACCGUGCUCGUCCUGGUCAUGGCCAAGCAAGACCUCGCCAAGAUCCUCGUCCACAUCAGCGCAACCACCAAGCUACUGAGCAGGCCACUUGUCAGGCAGCCGGGGAUUCUGGUGGCCAGCAAAGCCACAGCUUGACCAACACUGGAUCCCAGGCUGGUGGCAUUCGCAGUGCCUCUUACAUUCCACAUGGGAGACCUUCUGGUGACAAUCAAGAGAGUCCUCACUUUGGCAGUGGCUCGAGUUCCCAGCACCAGAUUGAAUGCACGUCCCAGGGAUUCCGCAACACACCCCUCCCCCUGGUCGCUAAAUCUAGUCAGACCCAAGUGUCCGACAAGGAUGGCGCCGUGGCCAGUCAAAUGGACAUUAAAUCAAUGAAGGGUGAGAACACCCAUCACUGGUACUCACAUAGACCCGGAGAUCGCAUGUGGGGUGAAACCUGUGGAGGUGGCGUCGACGAUUUGAUUGAGGAUGUCAAGAAGCGAACUGGUGCCGCCUCUGUUCAGUUCACCAUCACAGCAAACAUCGACGGUCGGUUCGAACAGAUUGCUGCCAAAGAGGUUGAGAGAACCUGGGAGGACAACAAUGGCUGCAAUGACAAGGGCAAGCCUGCUGGUGUUCUUCGACACGGGGUCAAGAUUGAUUCCGAGACGAAGAAGCCCACCAAGUGUGCCUCUUGUUGUAACAAGGCGCACAAAGUGGCCACCUGUUUCUCCAAAAUCGGUGCAAACGAUGGAGAACAGAGCGGGUGCCCAUUGUGUGACACGAAUCAACACCAUGGAGGCGAUUGCAAAGAGAUUGCAGCCCUCCCACUUCCCGAACAGGUCAAGAUGCUGAUCGUCAACCGAGGCAACAUGGUCCCCUUUAAGGGAAAGAAGUCUUGGUGGAAACCCCUGCACGAAUACUGCACGAGUCCACAGUAUGACCCCAAAAUCGUUACGGCCGUUCCAUGGUCCAAGGAGUUUACACUCGCCUUGGCCAAAGGUAGAAAGAUCAACCAUAUGCAGUUGAGGCAUGAUACCCUGCCAGCAUACAAGCUUCCGAAAGAUGAAGCCUUUGCCGACCCAACUUCCAUCUACUGGAAGUACUGGCAGCCCGAGAACCUGGCGUGGCCUGCUGCCUUCGGAAACCUACCUGGUCGUCCCUCGGGUCCGAUUGACACUGAUGGCACAAAGGCAGCAGCCUCUCAGACUGGAGCUGCCGCUAGAGCUGUCGCCGGAGCUGCUCCUUGUGUUAACCCUGUAGCUACUCCAGCUCCCGCUCCCGCUCCCCAGCGUGCUGAUCCCGGAGGCCUUAACCUUGGCGUGCCUCCUGGAACGGCCAGCUCGCUUAAUCUGUUGCCUCGCCCCGCCCCGGUUGAUGGUCAGGUCCCGACACCUGGUAACGCUCCUGUAGCUGCCCAGGCAUCGGUGAUAGCAAAAUGGAGUCUGAGAUCAACUACUCUGAAGACGAUCACAUGCACUAGAUCUCUCCCUUCAUCCCCCUUCGAUCUCUGA